AUGGCCACUAGUUCACAGCAGAUGGAAACCUCGGCCUUUACGCAUCGCCACUUCACCCAGAUGGCGGCCUUCUCAAGUGGCACUCCUCUGCGCGUUAUCGCCCACGUCGACCUUGACGCUUUCUACGCACAGUGUGAAAUGGUGCGCCUGGGCGUACCUGAAGACGUUCCUCUGGCUGUUCAACAGUGGCAAAGCCUCAUUGCUGUGAACUAUGCGGCUCGAAAAUUUGGCGUCACGAGGCAAAUAAAUAUCACCGAGGCCCGCAAGCUUUGCCCACAGCUCGUCGCUCAGCACGUCGCCACCUGGCACCCUUACCGCUUCGAGUCCCGCAAGAUUCUGGCCGCCAUGAAAGAGGUGCUCCCGCCACCACCCCUGCAAAGAGUAGAGAAGGCUGGGAUCGACGAGGUUUUCCUCGAUCUUUCUGCUCAAGUUCACAGCAUCAUGUUGGUGAGCUUUCCGGUGUUGUCGGCUGCCAUGGCGCCAGGGGCUGACCCAUCCGCGCGGCUACCGCCACCGCCCAUCACGGCCCUCGACUGGAAAUCAGACCAUCUUGUGGAUCUAGACGAAGCGGAGGAGAUCAAGGACCCCGACUGGGAUGAUAUUGCACUCAGCAUAGGCGCGGACAUAAUCCGAGAGGUACGGGCGAGGGUGCGAGAAAAGUUGAACUACACCUGCUCGGGUGGCAUAUCUCACAACAAACUUCUCAGCAAACUAGGCUCCGCGCAAAACAAGCCGAACAAGCAGACCGUGAUCCGUGGCCGGGCCGUUGCCCGCUUUCUCGCACCGAUAAAAUUCACAAAAAUGCGCAACUUAGGCGGCAAGCUUGGUGAUCAAGUCGCUCUCGAGUUCGACACAGAAGAUAUCAACCAGCUUCUUACCGUACCUUUAAGCAGUCUAAAAUCCAGGCUGGGGCAGGAAACGGGUCUCAUCAAGUCUAUGCUCUCGGCCAAGUCUUUUCGCCCGCCUAUCCAUACUCGCGCGCAGGCCGAACAGUGGAUAAAAAUCUUUGCAGCCGAUAUAUUCUCCCGCCUGGUAGAAGAGGGCAUCCUAGAAAACCGAAGAAGGCCAAAGACGGUGAGCCUUCACGUGCGGCAUAAUAACCUCACUCGUUCUCGCCAAAUCCAGAUUCCCCCAGCUCGGCCAUUGGACGAGUUCGCCCUCGUGAAUAUGGGCAGCAGCCUCCUGACUCAAAUCAUGUCGGAGGGCGAAGUCUGGCCUUGCCUACAUAUGAAUAUGAGCUUACCCCGUGAUCCUAGGGCCAGGAUCUACUAA